AUGCUGGUCUUGAUAUGGCUGGGUUGCCUCGUGGCUGCAUUACUUCUAUACUUCCGCCAAGCUUACAGUUUCUUUAAAACGCGGGGUGUAAAGACACCUCGAAUCAUCCCGCCUUUUGGCACGAUGUACAAUACUCUGACACAGCGAGAGCAUAUCAGUGAACAAAUAACUCGGGCUUAUAACGAACACUCGGGUGAAAGGUUCUACGGCACGUUCCAAUUCGUAAAGCCGUUUCUGCAGGUGAGAGACAUCGAGCUGAUCAAGAACAUUGGCGUCAAAGACUUCGAAUAUUUCCUCGACCACAACAAUUUCAUUAACGAAGAUAUUGACCCGCUUUUUGGAAGAAAUCUUAUCUCUUUAAAAGGUCAAGCAUGGAAGGACAUGCGAUCGACUCUCAGCCCUGCUUUCACUAGCUCAAAAAUGAAGAUGAUGCUACCACUGAUGGUUGAAGUUGGAGAUCAGAUGGUUUUCUCGGUUAAGAAGAAAAUCAAGGAGUCUAAACAGGGUUGUUUGGAUGUCGAUGUCGAUGUGAAAGACCUAACAACCAGAUACGCGAAUGAUGUAAUUGCAUCUUGUGCUUUUGGUCUGAAAGCAAAUUCUCAUACCGACGAGAACAACCAGUUUUACGCAAUGGGAAAAGUUGCUGCAACUUUUAGUUUCCGUCAGAUACUCAUGUUCUUUGUGUCCACUUCUUUUCCAAUGUUCACUAAAAUAUUCCCGUUUACCCUAUUCCCGAAGUCGGUGCAGAACUUCUUUAGGACGCUGGUGGCGGAAACAAUGCAAACCAGGGAGCUCAAAAAGAUCAUUCGGCCUGACAUGAUACAUCUGCUAAUGGAAGCUAAGAAAGGAAAAUUGACCUAUGAUGAGAAAUCAAGCCAAGACAAUGAUGCCGGCUUUGCUACUGUCGAAGAAUCAUCCGUUGGCAUGAAACAAAUCAACAGAGUAUGGUCCGACGACGAUUUGUGUGCUCAAGCCAUCCUGUUCUUCAUAGCUGGUUUCGAGACUGUAUCUUCUACAAUGUCGUUUUUGCUGUACGAGCUGGCUAUCAACCCUGACGUGCAAGAGAAACUGUACCAAGAAAUAAGAGAGAACGAGAUAAAAAAUAAUGGGAAAUUUGACUACAAUUCUAUACAGAAUAUGGCUUAUAUGGACAUGGUUGUAUCAGAAACCUUAAGGUUAUAUCCGCCCGGCACUUUUAUAGAUAGGUACUGUAACAAGGAUUACAAUUUGGGCAAACCUAAUGACAAAGCUACCGAGGACUACAUUGUGCGCAAAGGCGACGGCAUCCAUAUACCCUUGUGGGCGAUACACCGCGACCCUCAAUACUUCCCGAGACCCAACAAGUUCGAUCCUGAGCGGUUCUCUGAAGAAAACAAGCACAAGAUCCAGCCUUUCACGUAUAUUCCAUUUGGACUUGGACCUAGAAAUUGUAUUGGUUCUAGAUUCGCCCUCUGCGAAGUGAAAGUAAUGGCAUAUCAACUCUUAAAAGCCGUCGAAAUGUCGCCAUCGGACAAAACGGUUAUACCUCUCAAGAUGGACCCCUCCUCGUUCAACAUUCGCAUAAAGGGGGGUCAUUGGAUCCGAUUUAAGGCUAGGAAAGAGGUGACAAAAAUGUGAACUCCACGCAAUAUAUUAUAAUAUUCAUGUAGUUACAGAGAUUCUGUUUUUUUAAAUUUUAUUUCGUAUUUAGAAGCUGUAAUAGUGUGUGCAUUUGAUAUAAACUGGACGCUAAAAUUCUGUGGAUUAUGGUAAAGUGUACAUGUAGUUAUUCUUUCUUGGUUUAUGCAAUGCACAUACUUACUUACACAUAUACGUUCACAUUACAUUCAUUAUUUUAUUUUAUUAUUUAAUAAAGAUUUUAAAGAGCCACAAAUGCACAAAAUAUUAUGACAUUAGUUUAUUCAUCAUCAUCAUCAUAAUGUCAGCUGGAAGACGUCCAGUGCUGAAUAUAGGCCUCCCCCAAAGAUUUCCAGACCAGCCGAUCGGACGCGACGUGCACCCAUCGGUUACCCACCGCCCUUACCAGGUCAUCCGUUCAUCUAGUAGGGGCCGUCCACUGAACGCCGUCCGGUUCGUGGUCUCCAUUCAAGCCCCUCUCUGCCCCAACGGCCGUCAGUUCUACGAGCUUUGUGCCCUGCCCACUGCCAUUUCAACUUGCUAAUCCUGCCAGCUAUGUCGGUGACUUUCGUUCUUCUACGGAUCUCCUCAUUUCUGAAUCGAUCACGUAGAGAAAUGCCGAGCAUUGCUCGCUCCAUUGCUCAUUGCGUGACUUUGAGCUUUUUUAUAAGGCCCAUUGUAAGUGACCACGUUUCAGAGCCGUAGGUCAUCGCUGGCAACACGCACUGCUGAAAGACUUUUGUCUUCAAAGACUGCGGUAUUGCGGACGAGAAAACGUCCCGGAGCUUCCCAAAAGCUGCCCAACCGAGUCAGAUUCGACAAUUGACCUCUUUCUCGUAGUUGGCCUUGCCUAAUUGGACGGUAUGUCCGAGGUAGACAUACUCGUCAACAACUUCGAGAGCAGCAGUUCCCACUGUUAUAGGGGUGGGUACGACAUGGACAUUCGACAUAAGUUUCGUCUUGUCCAUGUUCAUUUUUAGACCCACCUGCCGGGAAACUCUAUUGAGGUCACCGAGCAUGGUGCUAAUCUCUUCCAACCUUUCUGUCAUAACCACGAUAUCGUCAGCAAAUCGAUGUUGAUGCCGAGUCCUUUCCAGUUCUGUAACUUGUAGGCAUCUUCCAAUGCAGUGGUGAACAGUUUCGGAGAAAUGACGUCUCCCUGUGGCACUCCUCUUUGCAAUUGGAUAGGCCUUGUGCACUGGUCCUGGAGUCGAACUGACAUAGUGGCGUUUCUGUACAAACACUUCAACACUUCGAUAUAUCGAUAGCCAAUAUGGCACCGUUGUAGAGACUGUAGCACCGCCCAAAUCUCGAUCGAAUCAAAGGCUUUCUCAUAGUCCACAAACGCUAAGCAUAAUGUCAGGUUACACUCCUCGAUCUUCUGUAUAACCUGCCGCAGCGUGUGGAUGUGGUCUAUGGUACUGAAGCCCUUUCGGAAACCGGUUUGUUCAGGGGGCUGGAAGUCACCGAAUCUGCACGCGAGACGGUUCGUGAUGACUCGUGAAAACAACAUAUAAACGUGGCUUUAAAAGCGAGGUGGGCCUGUAAUUCUUCAAUAGAGGGUUAUCUGCCCUUUUGAAGAAGAGUAUCA